AUGCAUUCCCACGAUAGCACCACCGAUGUUGACGUCGAGUCGGAGGGUGACCAGAUCAAGGAUGAACCUGAUCGCACUGGACGUUCUGCACGAAUUACUUUUGAGGAAGCAUCCGCUGCAGAUGGCCUCCGAUCAAUCUACCAACCAGCUCGGUUCACACGAACCCGCUCCGUGAGCCGUGAUACAAUUCGCAGCAGCAGAAGCAGUCAGACCGCCGCAACAGCUGGCUUGCCCAUCGAAUUCCGAACCCUCUCCAUCCAUAUCUCUGAGUCCCAGAAUGCCCCCAAAGAAGUCGUUCCCGAUGUCGACACCACGAAGAAAGAAAGGCAGCCGCACCAAGAUUACUUCGAGAACCUCGACUUCCAUACUGUGACCACUGAAAGUCUAUGCCAGAACUUCAACGUCGACCAACGUACUGGACUCAGCUCGUCAUCUGCAGCGACUCGUUUGCAGCGAGACGGAAAGAAUAUCAUUGCACACCAUGGAGAGAACUAUGUCAAAAGGAUAUUUUUUUAUGUCUUUGGCGGAUUCUGCUCUGUGCUCUGGGUUGGAGUAGUCAUUUUCUUUGUUUGCUGGAAGCCGCUCAGCAACCCGCCCUCUGCUCAGAAUCUCGCUAUGGCUGUGCUCAUUCUCAUCGUAAUUUCUCUGCAAGCAAGUUUCUCGGCCUUCCAAGACUGGUCUACUAAGCGUGUCAUGAAUUCCAUCCUGGACCUCCUACCCGCUGAAGCUAUGGUCUUGCGAGAUGAGAUGCUCAUUCAUCUUCCUACUACUGAGCUGGUUGCUGGUGAUAUUGUCCACAUCGGGAUGGGAAAUAAAGUUCCUGCUGACAUGCGCUUGCUAAAGAGCUCGGGUGAUGUCCGCUUCGACCGAGCUAUCUUGACCGGCGAGUCGGACGAGGUCGAAGGCGCUAUUGAGUGCACCGAGGCGAACUUCUUGGAGACUCGCAACAUUGCUCUCAUGGGAACUGGUGUUACCAACGGCAAUGCUAUCGGUAUCGUCGUCUUGACCGGUUCUCGCUCCGUUAUGGGUCGCAUUGCUACAAUGACAGCUGGCGUUAAGCAAAAGCCAACCCUCAUUCAACGCGAGAUCAACCGAUUUGUUGGGAUAAUCGUUGCUCUCACAAUUUGCCUCGCGCUACUCAUCUUCUUCACUUGGCUGGGAUGGCUGCACAGGGAUCAUCCGUCUUAUAUGUCCGUUGUAGCCAUGCUGAAUAAUGUCAUGGGCUGUGUGGUCGCCUUUAUCCCAGAGGGAGUACCUGUUGCUGUUGCUUUGACUCUGAUGAUGAUCGCCAAACGGAUGAAAAAGACCAGCAUCCUGCCCAAGGGCCUUGCCACUGUUGAAACUCUGGGUUGUGUGAACGUUCUGUGCUCCGAUAAGACUGGAACUCUCACCCAAAAUCGCAUGUUCGUCAAGUCUCUCGGAAUGCUUGACUGGGAAUACAGUCUCGAAGACCUGGUUCCCAGUGAGUCCGGGAUUGCAGAAAUACCCGAGGGCCUGCGCAAUACGCUGCGGGCAUCUGCACUGUGCAAUGAUGCAUCGUUUGACCCGACCACAAUGAACAAGCCCACCCAUGACCGUCUUGUCAAUGGAAAUGCCACAGAUGCCGCAGUUCUCCGAUUUGCGGACAGUGUCGGUAUGAUAUCGCCCACAGCUCUGGCUCCAUAUGAGCGUGUGCACCAGAUUCCAUUUAACUCGAAGAACAAAUGGAUGCUUACACUUCAUCGUGAUCUAAACUCAACCAACGAGUUUCUUCUCUACGUGAAGGGAGCACCUGAUGUGCUACUGGAUCAUUGCUCUACCUACUGGUCUGCAAUCCACGAUACAGUCCGUCCACUUGAUGCGCAGGCCCGGGAGAAGCUUUCAAACUACCAGGCUAAGCUGUCCCGCAGAGCAGAACGGGUUAUUGUCAUAUGUCAGCGCCGUUACAUCCCCUGUGCUACACCAGGUACAAAUGACUUCAGCAACGAAAUUAUUGAGUCAGGCGUAAAGGACCUCACAGUUCUUGGUAUCUUCGGUAUCAUUGAUCCACCACGCGAGGAGACUGCCAAUACAGUCUCGGCUUGCCGAGAGGCAGGCAUCCGUUUCUUCAUGGUCACUGGUGAUUUCGGCCUGACAGCAGCUGCCAUCGCUCAUGAUAUUGGCAUCUAUGACGGACGAGCUGAGCCAGAUACUGUUGAUGACUUGAACGAUGGUCUUGAUCCGAAAAUGGAAAUCAAAGUCCCGAAGUCACGACACAGCCUGCUUCUCGAAGGUCCUAGUCUCUCAUCAUUGACUUCUGAACAUUGGGAAACGAUCUGCGGCUACGAUGAAAUCGUCUUCGCCCGCACCACCCCCGAGCAAAAGCUCCGCAUUGUGACAGAACUGCAAGCCCGCGACUACAUAGUAGCAGUCACCGGCGACGGCGUCAAUGACGCCCCAGCUCUACGCGCAGCAGAUGUUGGUAUCGCAGUCGGAUCCGGCAGCGACGUGGCCAUCGAGGCAGCAGAUCUCGUCCUCCUGGAACGCUUCGACUCAAUCAUUGAAGCCAUUCGCCUGGGCCGGCUCGUCUUCCAAAACCUCCAAAAGGUUAUCGCCUACCUACUCCCUGCGGGAAGUUGGUCAGAGAUUUGGCCAGUCCUAAUGAACGUCUUCUUCGGGUGCCCAGCACCUCUCAGCACAUUCCUCAUGAUCAUUGUCUGUGUGUUCACAGACCUGUUCCUAUCCCUCUCCUUGAUCAUGGAAAAAGAAGAAUUCGACCUCCUCAGCCUCCCACCCCGCCGCCCAAAGAAGGACCACCUUAUCAACCUCCGCAUCUACGGCCAAUCCUACCUCUUCGUCGGUGUGAUGGAAGCCUUCAGCGCUCACGCAAUGUUCUUCCUCUACAUGUGGCGGCACGCGGGAAUCCCCUUCUCAGACUUGAUCUUCUCCUUCGGGAACUUUACAGAUGGGUUCCACGGUUAUACCCAAGACCAACUCAACCACUUCACGAGUGUCGGCCAAUGUUGUUAUUUUGUCGCAUUGGUCAUCAUGCAAUGGGGCAACGUUCUCUCAGUCCGCAGUAAACGCAUGUCCCUGCUGCAGGCUGAUCCCAUUCGUCCUGCUCGUCGCAAUCCCUGGUUACCGUUGGCUAUUCUUAUUUCCCUCGUUAUUGCGAUUUUUGUCACGGAGGUUCCUGGCCUGCAGAAUUUGUUCAGCACUGCUUCUGUUCCCAUUGAAUUCUGGCUUAUUCCGCUUGGUCUCGCUUUGGGCAUUCUGUGCAUGGAUGAGUUGCGCAAGGCUCUUGUGCGGCUUUUCCCCAAGGGGCCUGUUGCUUGGGUUUCGUGGUAA